UCUCGUCUCGCCCUCUCUUCCUCUCCCCACUCUUUCUUUCUCAACCAAAAACCUCGCCGCCGCCGCCAUGGUGCUCGCCCGCAAGAAGCUGAAGCAGAAGCUCCACACGCUCCUCCCCGGCGGGGGCGCCGAGGGGGAGGCCGCCGCGGAGGCGAGGAAGAUAAAGGUGCGGCUGGUGGCCUCCAAGCGGCCCCGGCCCAAGCGUCCGGGGCCCCGCCCUCCCCGGACCAAGAGUGCCAAGAACAAGAAGGCGUCUCCGGAGAAGUCACCCGCUCCGGCGGUGGACGUGGAGGACCCGGAGGAGAAGGCGGAGGAGGAGCCGGCGGUGGACGUUGCGGAGGGCCUGGAGGAGCCGGCCGUGGGCGAGGGGGAACCUGCGUCGAAGGCGGAGCUGGAGCGACGGAGGAAGGAGAGGAGGAAGGAGGAGAAGGAGAAGAGGAAGAAGAAGAAGGAGAAGAUGCGGGCGAGGAAGUUGGCGGAGGCGGAGGCCGCCGCGAACAAGAAGUCCGAGGAAGAGCCGGGGAAGCAGGGCCUUGAAGCUGACGGUGCUGAGGACCUGGAGGAGCUGGAGGUGGACGAGGCGGCCCUGGCGCAGAAGGCGGAGGUGAUGCGGCGGAGGGAGGAGAGGAGGAAGGAGAAGAAGGAGAAGAGGAGGGUCAGGAGACUGAUGGAGGCGGAGGCGGCGGCGAACAAGAAGUCUGAUGAAGAGGCGGAGGAGCAGGACGUGGAAGUGGCCGGCGCUGAUCCGGCCGUGCCAGACGACAGUGAACACAAUCUAGACGCCACAAAGGUGGAAGGAGAGGCGAAGGAAAUUAAGUCAGAAGAGGUGAAGAAAAUCAAGUCAGAAGAGCCUGGCCAGGCAGGUGUAUCUGACAAUCCAAUUGCGCCGCAUGAUAGUGAGCAAAGUAUAAAGAAGGUGUAUGUUGGUGGCAUCCCGUACUAUUCAUCUGAGGAUGACAUUAGAAGUUUCUUUGAAGGAUGUGGAAGUAUCACUGCGCUGGACUGCAUGACAUUUCCUGACACCGGGAAAUUCAGGGGUAUUGCCAUUCUCACAUUCAAGACUGAUGCCGCUGCAAAAAGGGCAUUGGCUCUUGAUGGUGCAGAUAUGGGAGGAUUCCUUUUGAAAGUCCAGCCUUACAAAGCUAACCGCGAAAAGGUCAAAUCUAACCAUGAGAAGGAAGAUUUUGCACCAAAGAUGAUAGAGGGAUACAAUAGGACAUAUGUUGGAAACCUAGCUUGGGACGUAACAGAGGAUGAUCUGAGGAAAUUCUUUUCUGAUUGCAAGAUCUCAUCCGUCCGUUUUGGAACAGACAAGGAGACAGGUGAAUUCAAAGGCUUCGCGCAUGUUGAUUUUUCUGAUAGCACAUCUCUUGCUAUUGCUCUGAAGCUUGACCAGAACGUGAUUAAGGGGAGACCAGCCAGAAUCAGAUGUGCCGUUCCAAAGAAAGAAAACCAGAAACCAAAUGACAAUGCGGCAACUUCAGAUUCAUCAAAGAACAACAUCCGUACAUGUUAUGAAUGUGGCACUCCUGGCCAUCUAUCUUUUGCUUGCCCUAAUAAGAAGGUUUCUGAAGUCAUAUCCAGUGAAAAUAAGGAUAAUACUGAUUCAGCUGAAGCAUUGUCGAAGAAGAGGCGCACGUGUUAUGAAUGUGGCGUUCCUGGCCAUAUAUCGUCAGCUUGCCCCAACAAAAAGGCUUCUGAAGUCAUAGCUGAUGAAACUAAGGCCAAUAUUGACUCUGCCACAACAGCAUCGAAGAAGAGACGGACAUGCUAUGAAUGUGGCAUUCCUGGUCAUCUGUCAUCUGCUUGCCCAAAUAAAAGUGCUCCUGAAGUCAUAGCUGAUGACUAUAAGGCCAAUACUGAAUCUGCCACAACAGCGUCGAAGAAGAGACGGACAUGCUAUGAAUGUGGCAUUCCUGGUCAUCUAUCAUCUGCUUGCCCAAAUAAAAGUGCUCCUGAAGUCAUAGCUGAUGAAAAUAAGGCCAAUACUGAAUCUGCCUCAACAGCGUCGAAGAAGAGACGGACAUGCUAUGAAUGUGGCGUCUCCGGUCAUCUCUCGUCAGCUUGCCCCAACAAAAAGGCCACUGAGAUUAAUCCUGAGGAAGCAGCUAAACCUGUUGGUGGCUCAAGUACGGAACCUUCAGCCGUUUCUGGUGAAAAUAAACCUAGUGACGACACAAGCUCUGCGCCUCCAAAGAAAAAGAAGAGAAGGACGUGCUAUGAAUGCGGCAUAGCUGGUCAUCUCUCAUCAGAAUGCCCCAACAAGGCCAAAUGAUCACGGUGGACCAGUUGUUUUUUGAUAGGUAGUGCCCUUCGUUCGAGCCGCAUGAAGAAUUUUCUCCUAUAAAGGAGAGGAAAUGGUUCCUCACUAGGAUGAUCAUGAGACGUUUUACAGAGCAAUCUUGUAUGGCAGUAGACACAUGCUGUAUCUUUCAUUUACCCUUGUCAAUUUAUGAAUGCUUCAUUUUUUGUGUGAA